AUGUGCCAGGGUAUCCAGCAUGUCGCCGCAAAUUUACUGCUUUGCGUGUUAGGUCUACAGCAGAUCUACAACUUAUAUGAGCACUGUCACUCCGACUGGGUGGGUUAUCUUGUGGGAAGCAAGAAAGUACUCGAAGCAAUCAAGAAGGCAGAACAUGCCGUUGGAAGCGACGCAUCAAUCGUGCUCGGUUGGGUCUACUACUUCGACGUCAUGGCACGCUUCUCAUUUCGACAUUGGCGUACCGAGCAGUUGAAAUCUCAUGUGGAGAGUCUAGGUUUCGAUCCAGGUGGGUCGAAGGUAUGCGCCUUGCAAUACAUUCUGGCCCAGUCAUCGUUUAUACAUGGCGUCCCCGGCAUUUCUGCUCAUGCCCAUCCAGUGAUCCAGCUAGUUGCUGAGGUGUCAGCAAUUGGCUUGUAUUCGUAUGCUCCAGGCUACUUUUCGGCUGAAUAUCAGCAGCAUCUGGACGAGUUACACUUGAAGUUAGAAAGCGUCUCUACGACUCCAGUUGGACUGGAAGCAUCAUCAAAGGUGAUUAAUCAUGAGCAAAAGCUCCUCGAACUUGUUCGUAUAGCUGGCCUCAUCUAUCUCGAGCGUGUGUCUCGAAACUUUUCUGGGCAAUCAAGCAAGCUGGAAACCUGGACCACAACGGCGCUAUCUAUCCUGGCCCAAAUCGAGACGUGUCUGUCUCCUUUUGCGCUAUUCUUUAUCGGCUGCGAGCUUAACAAUGACGAAGACCGACUGGUCAUUCUCAACCUCUUGGCCAGAAUGGAGAAAAAGGCACACAUGAAGAGCUUCUUGGAGGUCAGAUUGCUCAUCCAGACUGCUUGGAAUCAAGAGGACCUCGCAGAAGGAGACUUGGAUUAUAUCCACAAGCUCAAUUUAGUGAUGAGCUCGAGAGAUGUCGUACCCAGCCUUUUCUGA